AUUUACUGUAGAGAGCAGGCUUCCCAGCCUAACCUCAUUUCCAAUGCUGCUCAAUACAAACAGAAACAAUCGCAUUUAACUUGAAAGAAUUUAUUAAAAUGCUUUUCAAAAAGAGCAUAAACCCGUCAGUUUUUACGGCCAUUCAAAGUGUGGAUAUGGAGACAUUGGCAAACUGUUCUGAAACGGACAUUCGACCAGUUUUACCUUGUCUAGUUCGAAUGGGACUCAUAUCUGCCUUGGAUUUCUCCAAAAAGUGCACUGAUAUGAAAGUGAAUAUUCUUACCAUUGUCAGCGGCAUGGAGCUGGUAAAUUCUAUCGUAGCCCUGCUUAGUAUAGACUUUCACAAGCUGGAAACUGAUGUGAAGAAAGAACAGCAGCUCCGAUUAAAGGGCAACACCGUUCAAAAUGAUUCGCUUUUAAUAGGGAAUUUAUCAAAUACUAGCAUGGCUUUGGAGUAUGAACGAAGCGACAUGACUAGGAGGCUAUCAAUUUUAUUAGGAGAACUCCUAUACAUUCAGUCUCAGAUCCAGGAAAACACUGAAAUCGUCGAACCAGAGUCUUAUAUUAAAUCCUCAGAUCUAUUUGACAACGAUAUAUUUGCCGAAGAGUUGUCAGACAUCAUCUGCAUAGCUUUAGCAGAGCUGCCGACAACGUUAACAAUUAUUUCAAUCGUUGAGACUCUUCUACACAUUCACAAUGGGCCUGAAAUUGUUUGUCGAGUGGUUGCCAACUUUCCUGAUAGUUUUCGAGAAGUAUGUACGUACUUAAUCCAAACCGGUGAAAAACAAGAAGAGACUAUAUCAAGCACAAUCAGGUCCACUACAAUAAGACUGUUGUGCCGCAUGAAUCCAUCCCAAGCCCUAACAGUACGAUCUAAAUGCGUAGAAUUAUGCAGAAUGCCCGCUUUGGCUAUUUUACUGUCACUCGGUGAACUCCAAGGAGAUAACGAGGGGGAUAUGGUGGCCUUUGUUAGUGGAUUACUAUUGGGAAAUGACCAGACUAUAAGAAACUGGAUUGCUCUGUUCUUCCGUACAGGGCAGAAGAGGAAAGGCGAAGCAUCCAGUAAUGCUCUACAACAAUUAAGAGAGGAAUUGCUUAAAAGAUUGCAGAAAAUAAUCGAUUUGUCUCCUGAAGGCCAAAUACCCGACACUUUGGUUGUGCAAGCUUCCGCCCUAUUGCGACUAUAUUGCGCUCUUAGAGGAAUAGCCGCGAUAAAAUUUCAGGACGAAGAGGUUAAUCUUAUCGUACAGCUUCUAACGUCGCACCCCAAUCCCACCCCGGCAGGAGUAAGAUUUGUUUCCAUCGGCCUGUGUAUGCUUAUUGCUUGCCCGUCUUUAAUCUCACAGCAGGAUCAUGAAAGGCGCAGUAUAGAAUGGGUUCAAUGGCUAGUUAGAGAGGAAGCGUAUUUUGAAUCGGCUAGCGGCGUGACAGCGUCUUUUGGCGAGAUGCUGCUGCUGAUGGCCAUUCACUUCCACAGUCAACAGCUUAGCGCUAUUUGCGAGUUGACUUGUGCUACUUUAGGGAUGAAAAUCGCUAUUCGGCACAACAACAUGAAUCGCAUGAAACAGGUUUUCACUCAGGAGAUUUUCACCGAACAAGUGGUUACUGCACAUGCAGUUAAAGUACCAGUGACUCGAGGAUUAAGCGCCACCAUGACUGGAUUUCUGCCAAUCCAUUGCAUCCAUCAGCUUCUAAAGUCGCGAGCAUUCGCAAAGCACAAUGUUAACAUAAAAAAUUGGAUCUACAAACAGAUCUGCACUAGCGUGAGUCCAUUGCAUCCGGUAUUACCAAUGCUUGUUGAGGUUUAUGUGAACAGUAUCAUGCUUCCGAAUUCCAAGACUACCGAACACACCAAUAAACCGUUAACUGAAAAUGAAAUUCGACGGGUAUUCCAAAGUUCGGUAUUUGGACAGUAUUUCGAUAACAGGCAGUCGAUUUUUACCAUGGAUUUCGACUUGAACGCAGAGGAUCAAGAUGUUGUCGUGGAUAACACCAGUUUAACUCCCCAGUUGCUUCUGUUGUAUUAUUUGCUGCUGUAUGAGGAUUGUAGGUUGAAUAACGCCCAAGCUCUGGUAUCAAGUGGCCGGAAAAUUAAGCAGUAUACUUCUGAAUUUAUGUCUGAGCUUCCCAUUAAGUAUUUGUUACAUCACGCCCAAAAAGACCAGAGCUCAUAUUCAGGUCUGUUCGGGCCCCUUUUGAAGCUGCUGGCCACCCAUUUUCCGCAUCUGACUCUAGUGGAAGAUUGGCUGGAUGAUAUGUCGAUUCGCGUGGAGAAAAAGCCCGUCCACAUUGACGAAUACAUGGUAGUUUCGGCGUUUAAUGAAAUUGAAACCAACCCAUACAAAUGUGCAAAACUCCUGCAGUUCAUGCUGAAAGUGGAAGCUAUAGAUAUCUGGCCGUUUGCCGAAAGUUUUGCUCAAUUUGCCAAGAAUGUUCUUGGUAGCAACAUUCCCCGGUACCUUCAAGAUCUAUACAAGGAUGUGUGGCUUCGACUGAACACAGUGUUACCGCGCCGUCUGUGGGUUCUCACCGUAAAGAAUCUAGUAGAGGAUUUCAGUCUAGUAACGAAAAUUGAUGUGGCAGAAGAUCCUUUACAGAUUAUGCGAUGUGAUGAUCGAGUGUUUCGAUGCGCUCCAAUUUACGCGAUCGUUUUACGGGUUCUCAGAGCCAGUCUUGCUUCUUCGCGCAGCCAAUUAACUCAGCAUCUACAAGCGAAUCCACGUGUCGAUGCUCAUGGACAGAUCAUGAAUGAACCGGAUAGAGAAGAAAUUUGUCGCGCUACGAUAGCAGCACAGGAAAGCGCAGCUGUUCAAAUGCUCCUGGAAACUUUAGUUGAAAAAGAAGAGGAUGUAACUGUGCCAGGUCGGCGUUGGGCUUUACAAGAAGUGAGAUCGCUGGUCUGCUGUUAUCUUCAUCAAGUUUUUAUCGCAGACACAACGUUGUGUAAACUCGUACAUUUUCAGGGUUAUCCGAGUGAACUGUUGGAAGUAGUCGUCAAAGGAGUCCCUUCAAUGCACAUUUGCUUGGACUUUCUACAGGAAUUAAUGCAGCAGCCCAGCCUUAAUAAGCAAAUAUUCGCUAUCCAGCUGCUAUCGCGUUUGAGCAUUCAGUAUGCUCUGCCCAAAAGCCUAAAUUUGUGUGUAACCGCUUUAAACUUGCUGUACGCUUUGUUGGGAGGGAUUUCCAGCUCACAGCGUGUAAAACUGUUUAAACCAGUUCUGCCAGCUUUGGUAAACAUCAGUGAAGCCUUCCCGCCGUUGACCAAUGAUAUUAUUAACUUGCUGAUGCAGCUGGCUAAGAUAUGUGAAAGUCAAGCUUCUUUGGCAAGUCAUUUCGAUAGUCAAAGAGGAACAGGACUGGAAAUAUCGGCCGAGGAGAGUGCAGAAUUGUGCGAUUUGACCAAGAAGACAUUUGCAGACAUUUUAGAUAGAAGUGUGCUUCGAGGAACGGUGUAUAGACAAGAGUAGGAUUGUGUACCUAUCAGGUAGAUUUUUUAAAUGUUAAAAUACAAAGUUUUGCAUA